AUGGACGAGCGCACCUGUGCUAUCGGCAAAGGUGGAACUCCCGCCAAAGCAGAUCCGAUAUCAAACGUGGCCGGCAGCGCCAGCAGUGCUCGACAAAAAGUGAAAACUACGCCGGGCGUGCCUAGACAAAGUGAUUCCGAGGAUAGUGAUUUGGAAAAUCCUGCCAAAAGCCGUGAAGUAGACCGAUACAUAAGACUGCGGGAGGAGCACGUGGAAGCGGUAGUGAUUCUCAAGAAGGAAAGCGUACAGGAUAGCUUCGACAAGCCGGACAACGAGGAAAGCCUUGUAAAGAAUAAUGGAAAAUUGACUUUUAAUUUGACGCCGGAGCAGCUCGGGAAUGUGACAGGUUGUGGUGCAGUCAGCGAUGUGAAAAAAAUCAAUCCGCCCGGCAGUGCCUUCUCGGAGGACAAGAGCAUAACGAGAAAAUCUAGCUUGCGAAGAAAUUCGCUUCAUUGCAAUCAAAUCGAGUUGGAGAAGCUGUAUACGAUGGAACCGCCGAAGCCAAUUCCACAGAUAGCAGGACUGUUUGACGUGCCGAAAAAAAUCCUCAUGCCACUGUCCAGUGGAGAGCAGAAUUCCGUUGAUGUCAGUAGUAUUCAGGACAAAAAACUCUCGUUAAAAUUUGAUGAAAUUCUCACCGUUUACGACGAAUUUCCGACAGAUUUUCUUCCGGCCAAGUAUUUGUGUGGCAUUUGCAGAAAACUUUGCAACGAACCCCGGGUGUUGGACUGUUUGCAUUCCUUCUGCAAGCGCUGUCUGAUCGAGCUGGAGGCAAGCACCCACAACGGGAGCAAUCUGUUUUGGCGCCGAAUGAACGAAAGUUGCAACUUCGAGUUGGACUCGGAGGCAACGGGAUGUUCGUGUAUGGCAUCUAGCGACGAGAAAGGACAACAUGAAAAGCUUCCGAGCAAGUCAGCAACUAAGGUCCAGGAGCCGCCCCCAUGUCCCGCUAAUAGUGUAACUAAUUUUGAAACGUUCAACGCAGAGUCGCGUUUCGAUCAGAUCAGAGCAUCAUUCCAGAGUUUUAAGGAAAAAAAUUGUUUGAAGUCGCCAUCGAAAGAGAAGAUCGAUUUAUGCUUUAAUCAUGAUUUAAUUACCUUUAGAUUAUUCAUUCAAACAGUUGUUAAUAUGCAUUUUCAGAUCAGAGCCAAGGCGACAAAGGUGUUGUACAGUAAUCAGGAAAAACACAUCCAAUGUCCAACUUGUGGAUUGGCUACGGAAAUUCCUCUCGGUGGUGUGCACCGUCUUCCACCGCAUUUUGUAAUGGCACGUAAAAUCGAGGAUAUGGUUUCGGCUUGUGGAAAUCCUCCGCCGAACAUUCUUUGCGAACUGUGCUCCAGCGAAGUGUCGGCGACAUCAUCCUGCACGACGUGUUCACUAAAACUGUGCAGCUUUUGCCGAGAGGCUCACGAGAGGCAGCGCAACACGUCCGCUCACAUCGUCCGCUCGGUUGGGGAGCUGUUGAAAAAAUCCCGUCGCCCUGAUCCGGAGACACGCUCCAUUAAGUGCCCCAUGCAUCCGGAGCAUCAAUUAAAAUUAUUCUGCACCACUUGCCACCAAGUGAUAUGCAACGAAUGCACGGUGCACGUUCACUGGGAUCACAAGCACACGUCGGCAUCGAAAGCGUGCAAAAUCUACAGCCGAUUUGUGAGGAAUGCCAUCGAGCAGACCAAACCACUGGAGGACUACGCCAUGCAGGCCAUCGGUCGGCUUAACGAUUUGUCGGUACGGAUCAGUGGCAGGUGCGAAGCCGUACAGCGAGAUGUCGAGGCGUUCGUUGACGAGUAUAUCGAAGCACUGGAAGAGCACCGGAAAACGUUGCUGAAGCAAAUCGACGACGUCCGGGAGGCCAAGAUGGAGAUGAUUAUUGCUCAACAGAGCGAUUUGGAGCAACGUUCCCGAAAUGCCCGUGCGGCCGUCGAGUUCGCGGAGGAAAUCAUCAGCGAGGGCAACGAAAUUGAAAAUCUGGUGUUCGUGAGCAUUUUGCUAAAUCGGCUGGAGUACUGUCUGAAAUCGAAUCGUGCGCUUGACUUCAAAGUUACGGACACGUUGGAGUUUUUGCCGGAUGAGCUGGCACCGUGCUUCAAGCUGCAGAGCCCGAUUGUCCUCUACGGUGUGGUAACGACCCAGAAAGCGGACCCGAGAAAGUGUACGCUGGAGAAUUGCGCCGAACUGGCCUGCCUCAAAGUACACAAAAAGGUGGAACUAUCGCUUGUCACCAAGGAUUACGAGGGUAAAACGAUGAAUCACGGCGGGCUUAUGAUACAAACGGAUCUCCGCUAUAGGGACGAGGAAACGAGGGUCGUCUCACUUCAUGUCGUCGAUAAUAGAAACGGAACGUACCGGCUGUCGUUCCUGCCGGAGCGUGCAGGUGUUAUGAAUUUGAUGAUAUCCGUUGAUGGGAAAGUUAUUGGGGACUGCCCAUAUGUGCUGCGAAUUCAUAACUUACGGCCACACUCUGGUGUGUAUCAUUGCUGUUCGUUCUGCUCGAGUAAUGGAUCGAAGGUUAGCACCUGUGCAUGCGGCAGUAUUAUGCCUGGCGGCUACCGAGGUUGCGGACACGGUCAUGAGGGACACCCCGGUCAGCGGCACUGGUCCUGCUGUGCCAAUCUUACAGAAUAUUCCGACUGUGUGUCUCCAGGAAAAAACUGGCGGUAA